CUCACAACUAGACCAAUCGCGUUGCGGGAGGCUUCUAUUCCAGGGGCUAAAUAUCAUGUGAUUGGGGUCUAUCCACAUAUGCAAUGAAAACUGCACAGACAAGUUUCCAUGAAGAACCUGUUGUGUAACAGCUGCACAUACUGUGACCAUGGCUACUAAACCUCCUCAGGGAGGUUCCCCUGUACAGUCAGAGCUCAGAAUUGUGAUCCUAGGAAACGCUGGAGAGGACAAGGAUGAAGUGGUCAAAUCGGUUCUAAACUGUGAGAAUCUGACACCAGAGAAAGUUGGUCUCUGUACUUUACAUCAGAGUGAACAAGCAGGAAGGAAGAUCAGUGUUGUGGAAGCACCAGGAUGGGACAAACUUACACCAGACAGGAUAAAAGAAGAAACUGUCAGAAGCGUGUUGCUUUGUCCUCCAGGACCUCACGCUCUGCUUCUGGUCAUACCAGUGAAAACUCUCUCUGAAGAACCUUCUGUAGAGGAAAUCAAUGCAGCAGAGACGCACAUGGAGUUACUGUCAGAGCGUGUCUGGAAACACACCAUCGUGCUGUUCGCUUGUGAUGAUGGGGUGGAGGAACCAGCAAUCCAAGAACACAUUCACAGUGCAGAGAAGAUCCUGGAAAAGUGUGGAAGACGAUUCUAUGUACUUCAGAAAAGCAUUGGUGAAUCUCCCUCUCAGAUCAGUGAACUCUAUAAAAAGAUAGACGACCUGGUGGAGGAAAAUUGUGGCGAUUUCUUCUUACCACAAGUUUACUGUGAAGUGAUUCAACAGAACACACAAGAAGCGUCUGGUGCGACUGAACUCAGGCACAGACGGGGAAGUUUAGAGGAAAAUCCUCCAAACUUGAAUAAAGACAAAGGAGAUUCAGAGAAGAAGAAAGAAACUCUAGAGUCUGCCAACCAUAGUCCUUUAGAAGACACGCCCAAAUUCACCUUGCAAAUCAAGCAGUUUGUAGUGAUAUUGAUGGGUGCAAUCGGAGCACUUAUUGGUGCAGUUGCUGGAGCUGAAAAUGGAGUUUCAGGGUCUUGCUCUGGAAUAGUGUUUGGUGUCAUUGUAGGUGUUUUACUUGCAAGUUUCAUCAUGUAUAUUUAUACUCGGAUUUAUUCACAUGCUUAUUCAAAGCAGCCUGUACAAAGUGCAUCAUAAGCAACUUUGACGAGAAAAAAACUAGCUCAGACAUACAAGUGCAAAAAGUGCAGAAUAGAGAUAAAAGACAUUUACUAAUGAAACACUGCUUCCUGUAAUGUUAGAACAGUAGGAUAAAUACUUAAUAAUUAUGUUUUUGCAUAACUAAAUAUAAGCAUUCAUCCUAAACUAGUACGCCUUUUUAAUUCUGGCAUAAUUGUAGGGUCACCACAUUUUAACAGCUUUAUAUUUUUUAAAGAUGUUCAUCUGAAGAAGCUAAAAAAACUGAUGAUUGGAAUAUUUAGUUGUCUGUUGUGUUCAUUGAUUUGCCUGAUCUAUUGUGUGAAGGAGGAAAAGAGGAGUUUAUAUAAACAGUGUUUUUAUAAACAAGCUUCACUAAUAA